ACUUGUUUCCCACUUGUCAUUUACUGGUUAAGUCAUUGUGCAUGAUCUCUCGUAAUUUUGCGCAAGUCCAAAAAAGUCUUCAAGUCUGCUUGACUCUCCCCAUCAAAGUCAUAUUCACAAACAUAAAUGAUUCCUUCCGUCACCCAGCCAACUACUCCCAAAUGAAAGUGAAGGAUCUAUUUAUUUAUGACACCACUUCUGACACGCCACAAUGAAUCCCGGAUAACAACACAGAUAGACGAUUUUGACGAGGAGCUCACAAAAUAUUCCGUGCACUAACAUGAAACGCUAUGCAG